GCCAUUUUUGGGAGCUACAAGACAUUGAGAGGUAAACAAAUUUAAUUACCAUCCUAGUAACACUACUUGAGCUUUUCUUGCCAGUGGUUAUUAUGCUUCCAUUGAAACUGUUGCUAACAAACUUUUUUUUUUAUUGGACACCUUUUAUUGGGUUUAUAAUGGUAAUGGGAAACACUGUUAAGCAACCAAUCUGAGAAAGCAGUAUACAUCUUCAGGCAGGGUGUUAUUACUGUAACUGACAAUAAUCAUUAAAAAAAGGCACUUUACAAAGAGCUUCAAAAACAGAACAAAAAAUGCUGAUGAGGAGACACAAGACAAAAUAAACAGAACCAUAAUCUGAUGGUUCUAGGAGGGGGCUAUAAAUAGAGGUAGAAAUGUUGCAAGGUGCAUUAAACGAGAUUCAGAGUAUUAAUAAGACAGAAAACAAUAUCUUCCACGAAGCUAUAUGGAAACGUCUGCCUGAACCAUAACUGAAGUCACUCUCCAUCUGUCCUCGAGGCUUUUUGUCCACGCAGCAGAGGUGACGUGUACGUUGACGGGGUAAACUGUUUCAAAGUCCACUUGUCGCUCUCGCAGGAGCUUCCUGAUCUCUUUUACCAUAAUUUUACCAUAAUUAACACACACAGUAAAAUAGAACUCUGGAUUUGCGUGUAUGAUCUUGUUGUUUUCCCUUGUUAUCGGCCAACAUAAUUCCCUCUGGCUGAAAUGGCUCCCAAAACUUGUUUCCCUACAUUCUCUUCGGAAUCAUGGUUAGUACGAUGUCUGUUACACGCUCACACAGCAGACUAUCUGGCCAGUCUCCCAAAAUAACGUAAGAAUAACAUGUGACACAUGAUUUGGGGAAAAGAGGUGAAAUUACGUUACAUUAAUUACAUUACAUGUCAUUUAGCUGACGCCUUUAUCCGAAGUGACUUACAAUGCAUUUCAAAAAAAGUGAAAUGACAACUUUUUUGGGGGGGGCGGUAUGUAGUGGGUCCAAAUUCAACCCAUCUACUUCAAAGCGUCAGGUGUGGAGUCCCUCAUCGUUUCUAAACAGUGUAAUGAAGCUAACAUCUAGUCAGUAAUAAGUACGUUUUAAACCAGGUGGAGUGGAUUUAACACCACAGAAAAGUGAGCAUCCACCUGGAAAGUUAAUCUCUCAAAGGAAGCAUAAGUGGAUAAUACAUGAGGGAACUGCAGAAACAGACAAUUCAAUUCAUAUUAGUGUUGAAAACAGCAAAGAUGAGUGGCAUUUAUGAUUCAUACGGUUCGAUGUCUUAGUGUUUUUUCUCUUACUUUUGAAAGGUUUGUCUGAGAGCAAUGUUUACAGAUUUCUCUGGAUUCAGCGACAAGUUCUCUAGCGAUUUUUGCAUUGUUUUCCGUGUUAGCUUUUAGCUCCUGAUGGAGCUGGACUGAUUUGCACAUAAUGCUUUUUUGACGUAUUUUUUUUAAUUUUUGGCCUCCUGGAAGCAUUUUGAAAAAAAAAGCUUUGGCUGCAGCACAACAUCAAACGACGUCUUGGAGUUCCAAACUUCUACAUGUGCAAUACUGUUACGUUCCCCAGUUUCUGUGUCUGCUUGUUGUCUCCCCUUUCCAACAGGUGAUUCCAGGAGCCAGAUUGGAGACCUGGCCCCACCCACUCGUCAGGGGCAGAACAUAUUACUCCCAGCCUCUGAGGGAUAUAAGAGGUCACACUUGUAGUGGCUCACGCUCUCUCUGGUGCCCUGUUUGGGGGUAGUAAGCGUGAUAGGUGACUCUGAUUGUGUUCUGUGACUUUUGUUCUGUAUUGUUGUGAGAGCGUAUUGUCAGUUCUGUGUUUUGCCUAUUCGUUUUGUUCCCAGGGAAAAGGGGAAGCACCUUGGGAGUGCGUAGGCAAGCUGCCCAUGGGCCUACACCACCCGUAGUCAUUCCUCCUGUCUAGAGACACUAGGCAAGACCUGGGCGGACCAGCCCUCUGUAUUUUGGUUAGUGAGCCUUGUUAGUGCUCAAAGUUAGGUUAGUUUUGGGGGGGGGGGAGGUGUUUCAGGUCAGGUAGGCCAGAGAUACGGUUUUGCUUUGUUCUUUGUUUUGGUUCCGUCCAGCCCCUUUUCCCAAGCAACCCGUAUACAUACAUGUUUAUCUGUUUUAAUAAACAUUUCCUUUUUACGGGUAAACUGUGUUUGAUCAUCAGUGCACCCACACACACUGCACCUUUUUCACCCAGGCUGCAUUGAGGUCACGAGCGGCGGGUCGUUGCGUUGCCUCCCCCUACAAGCAACGUAACAAAUACUCAGCAAUAAUCCUUGGGAUACAUGUACCCUCGCACACAUGUCCUCUGACCGGUUUGGUAAUGACAAAUCCUUGUGUUGCACGUGUGCUCCUUCUAGCUGCGAUGACACUGUCACAGGCAGCAGGAUUCUUGGUGCUCCUCCUGGUAAUACAGCCGUGUCUACAGAAUCAGACUUACAGAGAGUCUGUGAGUUCAUUCUUUGAGAUGGGAAUAUCAUCUAAUACAACACUUAACGAACCGGUGUGUACAAAAGCGUCACACAUUAAUGCCAGAGAAAAACGAGCGGUUCCAAUGAGUUCGUUUGAUUACAUAUUACAAGUUGUUAUCAACACCUCUGACCCGCGGAGCCUCCGAGCGCUUGUGAGCAACCUCAGACCUCCUCUACUGGUUAACACAUCCUUUGAAAUUACCAGCAUCAACACCACAACAGUGUGUUCACCGAUUGAGGAAGCAUACCAGUGCAGAUGUGAGGAGAGCUACGCUUGGUCAUCUAACCACUGCGUUAACCAAAAUGCGUGCGAUGACAUCAUCGGUGGCACGUGUGGAUGCCUUAGCGCCCUUCCAGCUGACGGCCAGUACUGUCAGCCAAACGCCAGUGGAGCAGACACAACCCCAGAGCCACCGCCCCUGACACCAGCCGACCCGGUGGACAUUGAAAUAGUCGUUGACUUGCGCUUCCCAGUCUCUAGUGUGUCAUCAAAUUUCAUUCAGAUGUUUCAGGACAAUCUGACACGUUUGUCAUUCCCCCAAACCCUCACUAGAUCUUUAAUAGUAAUAGGCUUCAACUUCACCACAGGGUGUUUCCCGGACUCCCUCGGAGGACUGCAUUGUCAGUGUGAGGAGCAGUUUGCUUGGUCAUGUGACAGGUGUGACAUCUACAGUGCGUGCAGUAAUGCGACCAAUCAAACCUGUGGGUGCAUAAAAGGACUUCCCUCAGGUGGAGAGUUCUGUGAACCAAUUGCAAACUUUAGAGCAUGUUCUAAUACAACAACAACUCCGAAACCAACAAAUUCAACAACGGUUAUAAACACAACACCUAUGACAAAUACCACGACUCCAAACACAAACUUUACAAUGGCUAGUACCUCGCCUACACCCACUACCACCACUACUCCAACAGCAGUUUCUACCACCAUCUCCACAAGUACCUCGCCUACACCCACUACCACCACUACUCCAACAGCAGUUUCUACCACCAUCUCCACAAGUACCUCGGCUACACCCACUACCACCACGGCGGCUCCAACCACUACGUCCAGCAACACUAUUAUAGGUGUUGGUACAGGCCUCAAUGUGGAAAUGUCUGUUGAAUUAAACAGGACAUUCAACAACAACUUAAACAAUAAAUUAAGUGAUGAAUACAAGACACUUGAGUCAAGUAUUAAUAAAGUGUUAGUUAACCAGUAUCAAGGAUUCACAGGGUUUCUCGGAGUUUUUGUGACCGGUUUCAGAGAAGGAAGCGUAAUUACAGAGUUUACUGUUCAGACAACAAAAAUUAUUGGGAGUGAAGUGGCGAUAGCAAAUAAAGAGCUCAUCAGUGCAAUGAAGGCUAUUGCUCCUGUGAUUGGCUCAGUUACUGCAGUGUUCAACAGUAAAAUCUCUAUAAACCUCAUGAACACAUCACCUAUUUUCACUGGCCAAACCCUGACGCUGAUGUGUAACGUUUCUGAGAGGUUGGAUAUAGGAGAAAUUUCUGGCUUUAUUUGGAAAUUUAAUGGAAAUAGAAUAAAUACCAAUCAGGUAUCAUCAUCACCAUCUGGCUUGACCUCAAUCCUUACAGUUAAGAAUGUCGUCCCUCUUGAUAUUGGACUUUACGAAUGUACUACGACGGGCGGAAUCAUAUCGUACAGUCAAAAAAGAGCUGUAACCAAUAUUGAACCAGCUCCCACCAUACGACUAAAGAGACAAGUCAAUGUUAAAUGUGAUGGGGGGGGGCAAGUAACAAACAUUACAUGCUGUGUGCAAUCCACCUAUAUGGUCAAAUGGAUCAGUGGUUCAGAAAAUUUGACCUCUAGUAUGUAUAAUGAUCCCUCUACCAAAAUGAACUGCGUCAACUAUACAUACCCCCUAGAGAGCUGCAGCCAGCCACCAGUUUUCACUUGUAAAGUUAAUAAUUUGGAAUAUGAAGAUAAAACAGAGAUUACCAUUUUCACAGACGGUGUUACAUGUAGAAAUCCUCUGUACGGUGAUGGAAAAGAAGGCACAAUAUCAAGCAUAGACUGUGACCCAGGUCUAGAAGGGUUCAGGAGCGCGCGGUGUGUGUCAAAAAACUGGACCGUUUUGGAAGACACCUGCAUCGUACCAAAAAUCAAGGAGUUGUUAUUUGCAUCAGAGCGUUUGACUGAAGAAACAGUGGCAAACUUUGUAAAAAAUCUAAGCACAGCUGUCAGAGAUGAACAAAGUAGUAUUUUGAAGUCACCUGGAACCAUAUCCGCUAUUAUUGACAUCUUGAAGAACAUUGCAACUCAUAUUGGUGAGAUUGUCACUGGGGAUCUUUUCCAGGGUGUACUUGAAACAGUUGAUGUCAUUAUUGGUGAUGAUUCAAGACAGUCCUGGGCAACUCUAAACGCAAAUGAAACCAGAAAUGCAAGCUCAAGUUUAUUGGGCUCAAUGGAGUUUCUCGCUGGUAGACUGGUCGGGGAGGUGGCCUUGCAGACUCAACGGAUCCUGUUAAACAGAACAUCAUUCAACAACUCCUUUAGGGCAGAUUUUAAUUCCAGCAUCUCUAUAAAUAUACCAGAGAUCAACCUUUCUGACGUCUUUAUAACCACCAUCACCUUUUCUACACUUAACAAUGUAAUGCCAGUGCGAAACUCCAGCAGCAAUGAGAGCCAAGUUGUAGACCUUGCCGUCAACGCUGCUGUUGUGCUAGUUAAAAUAAAUGUAACAAUUCAAAAUGUUACUCUGAGCUACAGCAAGCUGAACAUGUCGUUGUCUCAGGGCCCACAGUGCGUCUUUUGGAACUUUACACUCUUUAAUAAUCUUGGCGCUUGGGACAGUGAGGGCUGUACAUUUCUUUCCGACAUAAACAACACGGUAACCUGUAACUGCAACCAUCUCACCUCCUUCUCAAUUCUGAUGGCAACCAACAUCCCUCCAGAAAUCAGAUUUGCCUUGGAUGUAAUAACCUAUGUUGGUGUUGGGAUAUCACUGGCAAGCCUAGUAAUAUGUCUAAUAAUUGAAGGAUACGUUUGGAAAGCCAUGACCAAAAAUAGCACUUCAUUCAUGCGUCAUGUUUCCAUCGUUAACAGUGCCGUGUCUCUGUUGAUUGCAAACAUCUGUUUCAUCAUCGGAGCCUCUAUUGCAGAUAAUUCCCUUGAAAACCCAAAAGGGGAUCAUUUGGUUCCAGUUGGUCCAUGCAGCACAGCAACAUUUUUUGGGCAUUUUUUCUACCUAGCUCUGUUCUUUUGGAUGCUGGUGUCAGGCCUACUGCUCUUCUACCGGACUGUCAUGGUGUUCUCUCACACGUCCAAGUCAACCAUGUUGGGGAUUGGCUUUGCAUUAGGCUAUGGGUGCCCCCUGAUUAUAGCGGUUAUCACUGUUGCUGCCACAGCACCAGGAAAAGGAUACAUCAGGAAAGAAGAUGCCUGUUGGCUCAACUGGUCUGAGACAAAGGCCCUGCUGGCGAUGGUGAUACCUGCCUUGACCAUAGUUUCGAUCAACCUUUUAAUAGUGUUCGUGGUCGUGUUCAAAAUGCUACGAAGAGGUGUGGGAGACGCUGCCCAAGCAGAUGAGAAGCACACAGUGGUGGUCAUUCUAAGGUGUGUGGUCAUUUUGACUCCUUUAUUCGGACUGACAUGGGCUUUAGGAGUCGGAACCAUGAUAACUUCAACAAAUCAGGGAAUCCACAUUGCCUUCGCCUUCUUCAAUUCACUACAGGGUUUCUUCAUUUUAGUGUUCGGGACCCUAUUCGAUUCAAGGAUCCGUUCAAUCCUGUUAAAAAAAUUACCUACAUCAAGCACAGGCUCAAAUCAUACAUCAAGGAUUACAAAUGGUGGCGUUUCCUCUCACAGCGGAUUAAACUGGAUAAAACGACUGCUCAGAAAAAGAAAAAUCUACCAUGUGUCAGAAGCAGCAACAUCAAGCAGCACCAGUGCAGCAGAGUCCUUUAUCAAUACCUGAGUCAACAUUACGUGUAUUUAAUGACAGUUUCAAAAAAUCAGGCAGUUUUGUUUAAAAAAACAAACUAAAAGGGCACCAAGUUCCGUUGAAUAUUCCCAGUUUUCUAAUGAGAAGAACUAGAAAAGCAAGAAUGACGUGUCUGAACUUAAAGUUUUGAGCUGUUCAAUGACAAUUAACUUUCUAAACAUAUAUCUUGUUUUUCUACUUUUUCUUGGUUUGGUAAGAAGCGCAAAAGCAAGUAACAAGUAAAGAUAAUAAGUCAUUACAUAUAGGUAGACUCAAGUAGUGAAUUAUACAACAACGGCUCAUCAUGAUUACAAUUGAAUUUUUUCGACCUAUCUGAAAACGUACAGCUGGGGAUUUAACCUUCCUCUUUUGUUAACUUACUGUUACAAUCUCUUAUGUUAAUUGGUCAGUUUUGCCACAUGUCUUAAAUCAGCUGUAAAAUACAAAGAAAACCUCAAACAUAUUGUCACAGUUUGGGUCCGUGUCCUGUUUUAUUUUGUAGUGUAUCAUGUCUCCCUGCCUUGUCCUGUCUUGUCUGCAGUGUCGAUGAUUGAUUGAAUACAGGUGGAAACAAUCACCUGCACCUCCACUGUGAAUUUAAGUCAUGUCAGUCUCUUGUCAUGUCAUCGAAUGUUGGCUGUGUGCAUGUUGUCUUGUUCGUUGUGUCUUUGUUUUUUUCUCUUGAUUUUUUUUAAUUUUUGGACUUUCGAGUUUGGGAUUUAUUAAAAAGUCAUUUUCAUUCAA